AAUACAGUGACCAAGUAGUGUUUUCUGCACCAAUGAGUGAACGCGCGCUUAAUAUGCAAACGACUUUAUCCUUUCUUUAAACUAUGUAGCUAAAUAUUUAUAUAAUAAAAUUGAGAAUUUUUAUUAUAAGUCCAGUUUCACUUUAGCGUGUUGAUUUAAUUUUACAGCUAAAGUGGUCAAAUUAAAGUGUAAACACCGUCAUGGCGGCUGCAGGAGCGACAAACGUGGGUGAUAUUGAAGAAGACGCCUCACAGCUGUCUUUCCCCAAAGAGUUUGAAAAUUCAGAGACUCUCCUGAACUCUGAGGUCCACAUGCUCCUGGAGCACCGAAAACAGCAGAACGAGAGCGCUGAAGACGAACAGGAGCUCUCCGAGGUCUUCAUGAAGACACUAAACUACACGGCACGCUUCAGCCGCUUCAAGAACCGGGAGACCAUCGCCAGCGUGCGCAGUUUACUCUUGCAGAAGAAGCUCCAUAAAUUUGAGCUGGCGAGUUUGGCCAAUCUGUGUCCCGAAGCUGCAGAAGAAGCGAAAGCCCUCAUUCCCAGCUUGGAAGGUCGAUUUGAGGAUGAAGAGCUGCAGCAGAUUCUGGAUGACAUUCAGACCAAAAGAAGCUUUCAGUAUUGAUUUGUUGUUGUAGUACAGUCACGUCCAAACCUGUGCAGUACACGAGGACUUUUUUGAGAACUGUGCCGCAUUUAUUUAUAACGGAUCGAUCCUCCAUUCCAUAUGUUUUUAAUUCCAAGUUCUCCAUCCAUUGUAGAUGCAUUGUUUAUUACUAUAAAAAUAAAUAUCUCGUGUUUUUUUGUAAAGGUGUUUUUUGUUUCCAUGGUUGAAAACAUUAAAAAAAAAAAAACUUUAUUGCAAA